UUUCGAGGUCUCUGUGUCUGUGUGGUUGCUGAUCGAAAAUGUCGGGACGUGGAAAGGGAGGCAAGGGAUUAGGAAAGGGGGGAGCGAAGCGUCACCGAAAGGUUCUUCGCGACAACAUCCAGGGAAUAACGAAGCCUGCGAUUCGUCGUUUGGCUCGCAGAGGAGGUGUGAAGCGUAUCAGUGGUCUGAUCUAUGAGGAGACUCGUGGUGUGCUCAAGAUUUUCUUGGAAAAUGUGAUUCGUGACGCUGUGACCUACACCGAGCAUGCUCGUCGCAAGACCGUGACUGCCAUGGACGUGGUCUACGCGCUCAAGCGACAGGGUAGGACUCUGUACGGGUUUGGUGGUUAGGGUUUUUGACUCGAAAAAGUCUUGCUGUCAAGAAGAUGGUUACCAAGAAGAAAAAUUGGGGUUUGGGUGUUGAUGGGUUAAUUAGUUUUUUUUUUUUUUUUUUUUUUAUCUUUUGUGGGUUACCAUGUUCUUGUAAUUAGCUA